AUGGUUGGGGAAAAAGUAACAAUAUCUACUCGUACACUACAGUGGAAGUGUGUUGAAUCGAGAACAUACAAUAAGCGUCUUUAUUAUGAGCGCUUUAUUCUAGCUCCACUUUUGAAAGGUCAAGCCGAUACAAUAGGCAUUGCAAUGCGAAGAGCUUUGCUUGCAGAAACAGAAGGAACACGUAUUACACGUGCAAAAUUUGAGCAAAUACCACACGAAUUUUCGACGAUAAUGGGUAGUCAAGAAUCAGUACAUCAAAUUUUAAUGAAUUUGAAAGCAAUUGUCUUAAGAAGCAAUUUAUAUGGAACUCACACCGCGUCGAUUUGUGUCAAAGGUCCUCGAGAAGUAACUGCUCAAGACAUCCUCCUGCCCAUUGCUGUGGAAAUAAUUGAUAAUACACAACAUAUUGCUAGCCUAAAGGAACCAAUUGAUUUGUAUAUUGAAUUAGAAAUCGAGAGGAAUCGCGGCUAUCGUCGACAUUUGCCAAAUGCCUUUCAAGAUGGAAGUUAUCCUAUAGACGCCAUAUUCGGACCUGUUAUAACCGCAAAUCAUAGUGUUCAUUCUUAUGGAAAUGAGACUUCAAAACAAGAAAUACUUUUUCUUGAAAUCUGGACAAAUGGAAGUUUAACUCCUAAAGAAGCACUUCAUGAAGCCUCUAGGAAUUUGAUUGAUUUUUUUAUUCCUUUUUUACAUGCAGAGGAAGAAAACUUCCCUGAAGAAGAAAAAUUCCCGGAAGAACUAAAUCAACACAGGGCUACUUUACCACUUUUGACUUUUACUUUUUAUGAGAGUUUCCCGAAACUAAUCCAAAAUAAAACAGAAAGGGGAUUUAGAUCUUUUUUUAUUGACCAAUGUGAAUUCCCCCCUAAGAUCUAUAAUUGCCUGAAAAAGGCCAAUAUACACACAUUAUGGGAUCUGUUGAGUAAGAGUGAAGAAGACCUUAUGAAAAUGGAACAUUUUAGCAUAGAAGAUCUAAGAGAAAUAAUCUGA